AUGAACCCAACCUUAGUCGCAGUGGUCACUUACAAGGGCGACCUAGGAUGGUGCAAGGUGGGAGACACUACAUGGAAAGGCUAUCACACAAGUGAUAAGUUCUACUCCAACGUGGUUUUUCAUGAUAACAAGCUUUAUGCUGUAGAAAGAGGUGGUUUAAAGGUGAACAUGUUCAAGUAUGAUCAGGGAGUUCUUGUUCAGGUUGGUAGUGUGGAAUCCACCAACCCGAUUGAACAUAUCCCUGAUUUCUCAAGACCCAUUAGGUCCUAUUGCUUGAUUGUUUACUUGGUGGAGUGCGGAGGGAAGGUUUAUGUUGUGAAGAGAUUUUCCGAUGACACCAAAUUUCAUACACCAACUAUAAACUUUAUUAUUUUUGCGGUUGAAGAAAUUUGCUCCAUGCCUCGGUUGGUGAAGGUGGAGAAUUUGAAUGAUCAUGUUUUGUUUGUGGCUAACCUUAACAUUGAAUGUAUUGAUGUGAAGUAUUGUUCAAAGUUUCAGCGCGACAGCAUAUACUUCACUUGCAACUCUGAAAGCUCGUUCACUACUGAAGUGGGACUCUUUUUGGAUGAUUCCUGGAAUUUGGCAGAGCUUGAAGAGAUACUACAAGAAGCAAAGCAGCGUUGGCUUCGAUCAGCUGAGAUAUGCAAGAUACUUUGCAAUUAUCAGAGGUUUGAAUUAACAUCUGCUCCACCUGUUAGGCCUCCAGCUGGAUCAGUAUUCUUAUUUGAUCGAAAAGCACUUCGUUACUUUCGCAAGGAUGGUCAUCGGUGGAGGAAGAAAAAAGAUGGGAAGACCAUAAGAGAAGCUCAUGAAAAGUUAAAGGCUGGUAGUGUGGAUGUCUUGCAUUGUUACUAUGCCCACGGUGAGGAUAAUGAAAACUUUCAACGAAGAAGUUAUUGGAUGCUUGAUGAGCAGCUAGAGCACAUUGUCCUGGUGCAUUAUCGAAAAGUUAAAGAGGGCUGCAAGUCUGGCAUCACAAAAUUGCCUGUAGUUCCAGUAACCUUGGUUGGUAGCUCUCGAAGUGGUUCAGCGCCUUUCUCUAACAAAAUCAGCUCACCAACAUGUGUUGUUCAAACAUCUUUGACACCAACUGCAAAUAAAGAUGAUCUGAAUGGACAAGCUUCGGAGUAUGAGGAAGACAACUCACUGAAUGGUCCUCAUGCUCAACCUAUCAGCAAUCCCAUGCCACACAGUGCACCACAGCUUGCAGAUGAAGCCACUGGGUUACUGAGGAAUCCCAUUAUGUCAUCAUGGACAUCUUCUCUCCCUAACUUUUCUCAUGGGAAUGGCUUGUCUCCCUUGGGAUUAAUUCAGAAUUCUGGCCUAAAUACUGUUUGUAUCCAUGACAAACAACUUCAUGUUGAAGGAUCGAUUGAUGGCCCGGAAGUGGACUUCACUGUUCUUAAACUAGGCAAUUCAAGGUUAGAUGCAGUUUGCAAAAUGCAAGAUCACAUGAUUUCCAAAGAUAGGCUCAUCACCGACGUGUAUAUCCAGCCUGUUACAGGAGCUUCAAAAACUGUUAAUCAGGUGUACCUCGAGUACAGGGAGAGCUAUUCACCUGAGUAUGAAGCAGAAAGCCUUAACAUCCUUUUUACGUUGGAUUCAUUAGGCCCUUGCCUUUCCCAGGAACAACUAUUUAGUAUCCAUGACUUUUCUCCAGAUUGGGCAUAUGCUGGUGUUAGAACAAAGGUGUAUGACUUAGGCUUGUUUCAUUCCUGUAUCAUUACAUUUCUAUUUACUCUUCAGAGAAAUGAAAUUAUAUUGUAUAUGCAACACGUGAGUCUUGCUUUUCGAUACUUCAAAUUUCUUUUCCAUCUAUACUGUAAAUGCAUAUGCCUUAUGUCAUGCCGUUGGAAUGUGCAUCCGUGCUCUGUUCUAUGUUCCCUCCCUUUCAGAGAAGAAACUGUGAUUGUGCUAGUCAAAUUAGGUGCGGCCCCAGGUGCCGUUCAGGAUCCAACAUCAGCAUUUCCUCGAGGACAUACAGCAGCUGAUUUAGCUUCAAGUAGAGGACAUAAAGGCAUUGCCGGGUAUUUGGCUGAGGCAGAUCUGAAAAGUCAAUUAUCUAUAUUAAGUACUGUCAAUGAAAAUGAAAUGUACAACAUCGUCACAACCACAGAAGCUGACAAUGCUUUUGAGACUGCAGAAGGUGACUCGCCUAAUAUGACAAUGGAUGAGCAGCAUUGUAUGAAAGAGUCACUCGUUGCUUUACGAAAAUCAGCUCAUGCAGCUGCUUCAAUCCAAGCAGCCUUUAGAGCAAGAUCAUUCUGUCAGAGACAAUUAGCCAAAAGUAGCAGUGAUAAUUCUGAAGCAGUACUUGACCUGGUUGCUGAUUCUUUGAACAAGGUUCAGAAUAUGGGUCACUUUGAGGAUUAUUUACAUUUUGCAGCUUUAAGGAUUCAAAAGAGAUAUCAUGGGUGGAAAGGAAGAAAAGAUUUCUUGAAAAUACGCAACCGCAUCAUAAAAAUUCAGGCUCAUAUUAGAGGACACCAAGUCCGCAAGCAGUACAAAAAAGUUGUUUGGUCUGUUAGCAUUGUGGAAAAGGCAAUACUGCGCUGGAGACGGAAAGGAGCUGGUCUACGAGGAUUCCGGAUUGGGCAGCCAUUUGGCAUCGUGGGAAAAGAUGCUGAGAAAAGUGAUGAGUAUGAUUUUCUUAGCAUUGGGCGGAGACAGAAAUCAGAUGAUGUAAAGAAAGCUCUGGAUAGAGUGAAGUCCAUGGUCCGAAGCCCGGAGGCACGCGAUCAAUAUAUGAGGCUUAUCAUGAAAUAUCAGAAUUCUAAGGUUGAUGAUGGUGGAAGCAGCCCAUCACAACAUGUUGAUAGAGUCUAAGAAGAGAACAGGAACUUGAGUGGUGGCACUUUUUUUAGGCUUAAUCCAGUUUUUGGUCCCUAACCUUUGGCAUAAAUAUGGCUUUAGUCCCUCGCCGGAGCAAAGGUGGGGAUUGGUCCCCAAUUUUUUGCAAAAUAGUUGGCUUUGAUCCUUCCGGCCGGUUGGGUCAACGCCGGAGCUCCGGCAGCCCAUGUGGCAUGGCCACGUCAAUUAAUGAGCUGAUGUGGAUUUUUUUCUUUUUCUUUUAAAAUAUUAAAAAAAUAUAAUUAAAUAAAAAUUAAACACAAUUUUUUUAAUGAUGAUCUUCCUCAUAAAGGUUAUGAACUACUAAACUCUUAAGUUCUUUAACAAUUAUGCAACAACAACUUCAUCUCUACCUCUGUUCAUCUUUAUCAACAUCAACAUCUUCUUUACAACCCAGAAUACAACAGAGAGGGAAUUACAAGAAGAAAACAGAGACAGAAGUAACAGAUAAUAGGCUAGAAAAAAUGAUUAGAACGAAGCCACAAAAUUUGAGCAUCCAAUUGCCCCAAAUUACCAACACAUAUACAUCAGGUCCACCAACACUAAAUCAACCCCACGAAACAACUCCCACCCAACCAAAUACUUGACAACCUUAAUAUGCUGAUAAUUCAUUGCCACAAAUAAUCAACCGCAACACCUCAGCUUCAUCAACAACGUGAACACCUUCAAGGCCUAGGAUCCAAAUUAGCAAUUUUGUACAACAAACGCCAUGAACCACACCUGUAAGAGCCAUACGAAAUAACCUGCACUUGCUUCCAGUGAUUGCAAGUGUACCAGCGGCUGGGAAACCCACUCAAAUAAAGAGUACCUGAAUUCUCCACAUCAACAUCUUCUUCUUCACCCCCACCUCCCACGCUCUCUCUCACCCUCACCCCCAACCCCAACCCCAAUCUCUUCUCCCUUUCAGAAAUUAAAAUCCUUCAACCCAAAAUCUCAAAACCCAGAAAACAGCCUUAACCUAGAAAACCUGAAGUUGCUGCACCUUCCACAUCCCAACCCAGAAAACCACUAUUUUCUCUGCCAUAGACCAACCCAGAUCCAGAUCCAGAAACACUUCCCUCACCCAGCUCUCUUCCUUGUCCUCUCACUUUGAACCUAAAUCUGAUAUCAACCCAAAAGCUUAACCUUAGAGCCAUAUUUGCCUCCAAGCUUUAGAGCUUCCAUCUAUCUGCCUCUGAAUCGUGAUCACACACGGUGAAGGCCCAGCUGCUCACCAACCACGUGACCAACACCCCUGUGAAACGAAGACCGACCCAGAAAUCGCACCCCAACCCAAAAAUCCUCACCCAAAACAAAACCGAGAAGGAAAUAGGGAGAGAAAAUGAUAGGAAGAUUGAUACAUCACGCAUGAAGAAGAAAGGAUCUAGGGAUUUGAAGGUGGUGGUGUGGUUGGGGAGUUCUAGGGUUUAGUUUGGUGAGGGAGAGAUU